UCCUCGCUCUCUCAUACACAAUCACACAGACACUCAGCAGACUUGAUAACGUAGUUAUUUGUCAUGGUUUUUAAUAGGGCUUGCACCGAGGGGAAAAGUUUUUAAAAUGGUUAAAAAACAAUUUCGUGUUUAAAAUACACAAGAGUGAUGGGGUAUGAUGUGUUUGCGUUUGUGUGUUAAUGACAAAAAAAAUCCAAUAACCAUUGAAUAGAGAACAUAGGUUGAAACACAUACGAGGGCCCAUUUAAUUUUACAAGACAGCUACCACGGCACAUAAUCGAAUUACAAGUGAAUUGCCAGCCGCCCUCCAAUUGAUUGUUGGUGUUAAGGAAUUUCGCUAGAGUCUCCUUCAAACUGAACGCAUACGAAAGCAUGGAUUUGCAGCAUAUGGAAAAUGGCAUAGGUGGUGGCGGCGGUGGGAGUGGUGUUGGUUCCAACAGCAACUCACAGACCUUGAGUGAGAUUGAUUUUCAAAAAUUGGCCCAGACCAUAGCCAGCAGCAUACAGAAGAUACAACAAAAUGUUGUCGCCAUGCAGCGUAUGGUCAAUCAAUGUAAUACACCUCAGGAUUCGCCCGAUUUGAAGAAACAACUACAUCAAAUUAUGACGUACACCCAUCAAUUGGUCUCAGACACUAGCAAUCAACUGAAAGAGUCAGAGAAAUGUAAAGAACGUCAUUUGAAAAUCCAAAGAGAACGUCUGCUGGAUGAAUUUACGGCUGCUUUAACUAAAUUCCAGGCUCUUCAACGCAAAACGGUGAAUAUUGAAAAGGAUCAAGUACGCCAGGCGCGUGCAAAUCAAUAUAGUAUUUCCAAACCACCUGGGAGCACGAAUAAUUCAUCCAAUGGCGGUAAUAACUCAUUCUUGGAAGACAAUCUAUUUGGGCGCAAAUCGCAACAACAACAGCAGACACAAAUGCAAGAAGACAUUGAUUUGCAAGCAUUGGAGGAGCAAGAAAGGGCCAUAAGAGAAUUAGAGGAAAAUAUAGUUGGAGUUAACGAAAUCUAUAAGAAACUUGGUUCUAUGGUCUACGAACAAGGGUUGGUGGUGGACUCAAUAGAAUCAUCGGUGGAACAAACCAGUGUCUAUGUAUCUCAGGGAACUGAAAAUCUGCGUAUGGCAGGAUCCUAUAAGAAUAAAUUACGCAAAAAGAAAUUGAUAUUAUUGGGAAUAGUUGCAGUUAUCCUGUUAAUUGUUAUUAUUAUUAUCGUUUUGGAAUUUAAACAUUGAAUGUAUUGCCAUUUUAAAUGUUGUAUUUUUAAAACUAUUCAUUGCAUAGUGCUUUCAAUAAUGUGUACAGAGGCGUGGAAAAAGAAAGACAUCAAGACUUAGACCAUAGAAGAACCAAAAACAAGUUACCAUUUGGCAGUUGUCUGGUGUUAAAUUGAAAUGUAAUUUUAUGGGCCUUGUUUCGAAAUCUCAAAAGAAAACAAAAGAAAAAAAAAUUAUUAAAAAAACAUACACUUUCAAAAAAAACUCAUAAUAGAUAUGAUGAUUAAAAAGUCCUAUGAACCGCCGAUGGCUAA